AGAAAAUUAUGCAAACGUUACUUGAAAAUUUUCCUCGAGAAGCGGAUGACAUUUCGCGGUUAAUUUGUUAACAAAUUUUUGUCAUUAUCUCAAUGGAUUUGGACAUAUAUAUAAAAAGAUCAGCGUACGAGUUUUGUGUUCAUAGGAUUAGCAGUUAACUCUUUCACACAAGAUACAAAUUUCGGGUAUACAUUUCCGAGUUAAGGAUGAAAUCGUCAACUGUUUUUGUUUUCUUUCUUGUUUUCGUCUUAAAUAUUUCCUGCCCUGUGUCAGCGCAGAGCAAUGGAUGGAGAUGCCCUUUUGAUUACAGCUGCGGAAAAAGAGAGGUUUGUGAAACUGAAAAACAAACUCUGUUCUAACAAAGUGCCAGGAAUUGGGAAAACAUGUUCCACAAAAUUAUUUACUUUAAAUUUACCAUAAACUUGUAGAGCACCAGCUAAUCAGUUAUUUCACGAUCGUCAGUCAGAUACGAAAUGAUAUAUGUAUCGACCAACGAACCUACUGGCAAGUUCGCUUCCCUGAUUCAUUUAAAAUUAGCACAAAAUAUCGAUAUAUAUUGCUAACUGACUUUAUUUGUGAAUAAUAGCAAAAGAUGAAAAUAUUUGCCUCUAGUUUUCCUAUGGUGUAGUGGCUCAUAUACCAUAGUCGAUAAGCCUAUCAAAACACUCGAAUGUUCUACAGAAUUUAAAAAAAAAUUGGUAUACUGGUGUCUUAGUAGAAACGAAAUACACGCCUCAAAAUUAUCUUCCUUUGGGUUGAAAAAUCGUCGGAGGGAACUAGAAUUGGUGAAAUUUUGAAUGAUAGAAGGCUUAUCUUAGUGUUUUUCUCCACAUAUCUCAAGGAGUAAAUUUAAUGAUCUUUCUUGUAUAGAUGAGCGACAAAACUGCCCUACCACAGAGUCGUUUUGGCAACCGUCUUCGUUCUCUGAGAAACUUCCGUCGGAUGGCUGAAGAAAGAAAAGAAAGGGUGGAUGCGAGAGGACUGAAUAGAGCCGCCAUCUUGAAGGCUUAUGGGAACGGCCAGUGAUCAACAAGAGUACAAAAGAAUUAAACAAAGUUCAAAAGGAAUAAAUUUUUUAAGAUAUAAUAUGAAUGUAAUUUAAGUAAUUGAGCGGGC